CCUGUCAAACGCAACUCAGAAAUCCUUUCAGUUUUCUUGCUACAGAGUGAGCUGAAUUUUCCUUUGUCAUUUACUUUACUCACUUCUUUUUCGUACCUAUUGGAUCAGAACCUUCUCCUUUUUCACUGAAUCGCGCGUUCAUUUUCAGCAUGCUUGUGAAAUUUUUAUUUUGGGAGAAUUAAAUUACUCAGCCAUUGCAAUUUUAAAGCAUUGAAUGGAAUACUUCUGAUUUGAUUCAAUUCGGGACUUACACGAUGCACGCCAAGUCUGAUUCCGAUGUCACUAGUUUCGAUCCAUCAUCUCCGAGAUCUCCCAAGCGACCUGCUUACUAUGUGCAAAGUCCCUCUAGGGAUUCUCACGAUGGCGACAAAUCUUGCUCAAUGCAAGCCACUCCUGCUUACAACAGUCCCACGGAGUCCCCUUUGCACCAGUCUUACGGUCACCAUUCUCGGGCCUCCUCUGCCAGUAGGAUUUCGGGUAAUUACAAUUCUGCCUGGGGAAAGAAAUCGAAUCGGAAAGGGGACGACAAAGGGUGGCCUGAAUGUAAAGUGAUCGAAGAAGAAGGGGACUAUGAUGGUUAUUAUCGUGACAAUGUUGGAUCGUUGAGAAGGACUCAAGCUUCACUUGCUGUGCUAGGGUUUGUUGUGAUCUUCACUGUGUUCUGUCUCAUCAUCUGGGGAGUUAGUAGGUCUUACAAACCUCAGUUCGGUGUCAAGAGUUUGACAGUACAUAGCUUCUACUUGGGAGAAGGAUCAGAUCCCACAGGAGUUCCAACCAAGAUGCUGACAACGAACUGCUCUGUGAAAAUGACCGUAUAUAACCCGGCAACAUUUUUUGGGAUUCACGUAAGCUCCAAGUCAGUGAAUCUCAUGUAUUCUGAGAUUGCAGUUGCAACUGGUGAUUUGAAGAAUUCCUAUCAGGGAAGAAAAACCCACAAGACUGUGCAUGUCAGUCUCCAGAGAAGCAGGGUUCCUUUAUAUGGUGCUGGAGCAAGCUUGGCUGGUUCAAUUGACAAUGGAGUCCCAGUGAAGCUAGAUUUCGAAGUUAAGUCACGAGGUAAUGUUGUGGGGAAGUUGGUGAGGUCAAAACAUCGAAAGCAUGUUACUUGUUUGUUUACUAUCACUCCCCACAGCAACAAACCCAUAAAACCUAAAGAGAAUGCUUGUACAUACAACUGAUGAUGAUGGUCUUGCUGCAACCUGGUAGUGCUAGGCAGGAAAUGAGAAAAAAUUUUACUAGGAAAUGGUUUAGACUUGUGAAGCUUUAGUAGCAUCGCUUUUCAACGGGGAAUGGGAUGGAUAAAAUCUUGAAGGUGAUAAUUAGUCCUUCACUCACCCAUCUACUCCACCCUGGAAUAAGCUGUCC